CUUCAAUUAUCCUUUUCCCGCAAUCCGCGAUACCUUUGCCUCUUUCAGCUGGUCCAGUUGUCUCACGCAUGCCGUCAAUGUCUUCGCCGCCGCCGCCGCCGCCGCCUCCUCCUCCCAUGGCGUCUACCAGAGCGCUCAGCUCCCGCUCACCAGAGAUGACUAGGUCUACACCUCCCAUCCCGUUUGCUCUACCCAGUUCCUAUCGUGUACAAUCACCUCGUCAACGUCCGCUGGCUCUGGCUUCCUUAGCUCCAUCCCCUAUUAGUCGACCACGUACCAGUGCCCCUAUCCUGAAUCGGUCACCUUCUGUGACUUCUACCUCCUCUUCAAGUUCCGGCUCGACCUAUUCUCAGCAAGUCUACACACCUCCAUUGACCUCUUCAGUUGCUCGAUCUAAGAAAGACAGACUUUUACCAGCCAUCCCGUUGAACAUUGACAAGCAGCAGAGUCAAAGUCCCGAUAACUCACAUAUAGACUUUCACGCCGUCGCCAAGGAACUUGUCGGCUCGAUAGCCGUCGCCAGUCUUCCAAGUCCAAUAUCUCCAUGUAAUCGUCUUUCCUCAAGACGCCAAGUAAACCAGCAUCUUCCACUAUCGCCUUUACCUUCGCCUACACCCCGGAGGGAAUCUCGACAAUCUCCGUUGGAAGCUGUCUUUGAUCCGUCAACACCACCGCCCACUCGACCGAGAAGACGAAGAGCCUCUGUGACGGAAUCCACAUUUCGAGCAGAAACAGCGACACCUGUGCCUGUGGACUUUCUUGUACCUCGGCCCCCUUACGCCCGAGCAGCUUCCCCGGCGUCCACAAGCACGACCAAUUCGACCAUCACUGAAGUUUCUACACCCAAAGUCAGGCGCAUUCCUGAUCAACCUGCCCCUCUUCCGCCACCGCCUGCAUCGUGCGGUCCGACCUUUCCAGAUCGCAGUACGACAGAGGACCGGGAUAGGGAUAUCACCAUCACACCGAUCGCAAAGAAGCGAGAUUCAACGCAACGUCGCUUGAGCGCACUGAGGGGCUUAGUCGCCAACUUGGACUUCAAUCAACACUGGUCGUUUGCAGGACAGUCGGAAGAAGCGACACCAAACGAUCAGGUCGAGACCAUCUUCUGGGCCUGCGGGGGUGAUCCACCCUUUGAACUGAAUCACUCUGGAUCUGAAUGCGAUUCUGAAAUCGAGGAGUCUCCAAAUCAACGUCUGAAGAUGAGUCCUCCACUCACCAGCCCGGUGCACAUGGGUACGCCUCCUCCGCCGCCCCCUUCUUUCUCUCCUCACGAUGGAAUGAACAUCACUACCCCGUCUAGACCGUUGCCCCGUCGCCUGCCGAGCUCUACGCCACCACGUCGACCUCGACUCUUUCGAUCAUCAUCCGACUUGCAUGCCAAGACUCCUGACCCACCUCGACCGGCCUCUCGCCAACGUCGCGAGUUCACUGGCGUCGCCUCGUCCGGGUACUCAAAGUCUCUCGAACGUAGCUCCUCUCCUGAAGAACUGGCCACGCCUCUGUCGACAUGGCGAUCAUGUUUGUCCAGCGAUAGGAUCCAUGAUCAAUUGCUGGCUCAGAACGGUACCAUGGAGAUCAAACGGCAGGAGAUCAUGUGGGAGAUGUGUGAGACUGAAAAGGCUUUUGUCAAAUCCAUGAAGACCGUCUUGCGCCUUUUUGCGACGCCAUUAAAGACUCCUCAAGGCAAGUGGAUCGACGGUAUCUCGGACAAGAUCUCUGAACUUUUCGACCUAUUGGAAUGUGUCGUCCAAGCGCAUUCCAUCAUCGCCUCGCAACAACGGGACCUCAGGCGAGCCAAUCAAGUCUUAGACGUCCGGACCUUUGUCGGCAUCUUCAAGUCUUGGGUCGACCGAUUGACCGUACAUGAGUGGUAUUUGGUCCGAUUCGAAGCCGUCGUCCAGACUGUGGAAGACAAUGUCAGAGAUUCGGACAGUGUCUUUGGCGAGUUCGUCAGAAUGCAAAUGAAGGAAGAGGUGUUGGGGUCCAUGUCUCUAGGGAGUAUGCUACUGAAGCCUGUUCAGAGGUUGACAAAGUAUCCGUUGUUCCUCAAGCGCCUUCUCGACGUGACGCCGCACUCACACCCAUGUCAAUCGGAUAUCCUGUCCCUUUUGAGCAGGACUGAGCAUAUCAUUCUCCACUUGCAAGCUGCCAAAGCCCGAAAGGACGAUCUUGACCACCUUGAAGUGCUCGAAUCCAAACUUGCAGGCCUGCCGGUUGGAUUCAGACUCGCUGUACCUGGUCGCAAGCUGCUGGGUCAUGGACAAGUGGUCCGACGGACACAGGGAUCCUCGCCGAGCCCCGUGUCUCGGAGUCGAGCGGGCAGCAUCCACAGUUCUCGAGGGUCCAUCUCAUCCACCAUCUCCUCAUCCAUCUCUCCUUGGGACUUUAUCGCCCAUGGGGGUCCCGCUGGAGGAGGCACGAGGAUCUCAAACUUCUCCACGACGUCCUCUCUGUCCUCUUACAACCCACCAUCUCGAUCCAAUUCCUUGGUUCGGGAUGUUCCGAUGACUUCACCAAGAGGUCCAUUAACAACCCAACACGGCCCGACCGUCACCAGAUCUCCAAGUACAGCUUCUGCAUCCUCAGCCUCGUGCUCCGUUACGGAUUGGAGACCUUCCACUCCGAGUUCGAUGAAGAGUCCCAGUAGCUUGCCUAGUUCGACCUCUAGUCUAUCAGGGUCGAGCCGCAAACGCUCUGCUGAAGAUCAAGUGGUCAUGUUGAUCUUUGAUGAUCUCGUGCUGGUGGGUCACACGAUACAUGAGCGGGGAUUGUUCAGUCACGCAAAGAAGAAGAAGGAUGACAAGGUGCUCAAGCUACUGGGAGAGGCUGAAGGGGGGAUUGGCAAGGUGGUCGAUGUAAGGGAUUGGACCGGUUGGCAAGGUCACGCAUCCCUCUUUACCCUAUCUUUAUCAGCUCCAUGCGAUCCAGAGAACCCCAUGACAUUCGCCUAUUCCAUUCCUAGCAAUCCCACACCGCUGUCGAAGCUCAAGACGGACAGACAGGGGACAACCAACAAUGCCGGCAACCUGUUCGGUCCGCCAAUAACUUCUUUGGGAGGUAUCAUCACUACUCUGUGCCAAGCGACUCAUUCGGAUCCUACGGGAACUUUGACUUCAUCCACGAGUGGGAACGCACUUGACCACGGGACGGAUGAGGAGGAUAUUGACAGUAUGGGCGUCUUGACAGAAUACCUUGCAGAGUAGAUGGGAACACGUGCAUGUCAAGUGCUCAACGCUAGCCAUGC